AAUGUUUUUGGGGGUGUUUUUUUCCUGCUUUCACUGCUGAAUUUCCUUGCUGGCCUUGGGUCUCCUUGUUUCUACAAGUCAGCUACUGUGGGUCUGUAUGUCAGCAUGGGAGGGAGUCUACAUCCGUCUCCUGGUUUCUGUAUAGGUUUGAGUCUCUUACUAUCUGUCUCUGAGUCCCAAAGGAUGUAUGAGCUGGGGCUUAGUACAGCUGAAUCUUCUUUCAUGCACUUUUUCUUUCUAAGCUAAGAAUACAGGAAGCUCAAGUGUGAAACCCAAGUCAUCGAAAAUACCACACGGCCUGUCGUCAUCGAGUUAGACCAGUGAAGGGCCAGGGACUCCAGAGAGGAAACAAAUUCGAGAGAAAAGGGGGAACCAGAAGGAGAGACAAGAAGGAAUUGUAAUAAAAGAAGUAAGCGGUAGACAGAGACAUCGCAAUGGUGGAGAGAUGGGUGAGGUGAUAGUCAAGCAAGGUUUCCUGUACUUUCAGCAGCAGCAGACUUUUGGGAAGAAGUGGCGGCGUUUCUGGGCCGUGCUGUAUGGAGAGUCCAGCUGUUCCUUAGCCCGGCUGGAGCUUCAGGAAGGCCCAGAGAAACCCCGGCGAGGGGAGGCUGCUCGGAAAGUCAUCCGACUCAGCGACUGCUUGCGGGCAGCGGAGGCUGGCGGGGAGGCCGGCAGCCCCAAGGACACCAGCCCCUUCUUGCUGGAGACCACCGAGCGCCUCUGCCUUCUGGCUGCUCCCACUCUCGAGCGCAGCGAAUGGCUCCAAGCCAUUUGUCAGCUGGCUUUUCCGUUGCAGAGAACAGAGCGGAGGGAGCCAGUAGGGCAGGAAGACGCGGCUUCAAAGCAGCAUGCCUUGCCAUGCAUGGAAGAGAAUGUCCUGUAUAGCAGUGCACCCUCAGUAGUGACCUCAAAGAAGGAUUUUGUUGUGACUGUGAGACGCACAGAAGCAAGUGAGCGGUGCCGACUUCAGGGGUCUUAUAAACUUCGGACAGGAGAAACUGCCCUAGAGCUUCGGAGUGGCCCCGAACCAGGCAACGUACUGUAUACUUGGCCCUAUAGAUUCCUUCGACGAUUUGGGAGGGAUAAGGUCACAUUUUCCUUCGAGGCAGGCCGGCGCUGUGCCUCAGGAGAAGGGAACUUUGAAUUUGAAACCCGUAAGGGCAAUGAGAUCUUUCUGGCUCUGGAGGAUGCUAUUUCUGCCCAGAAGAACUCUGCCUCUUUUGGAACCUCUGCUCAACCCACUUUAGCAGUAUCAUCCUUACCACUACUUGAAAGCCCAUAUUCCCGGCCUCAUGACUCUAUCCCCCCACCAUCCCCAACCAUUCCAUCUUCCUCCCGUUAUCCCAGAGCCCCAGAAGGGGAGUAUGCUGUUCCCUUUGAUUCCGUGGCCAGGGCCCUGCUGGGGAAAAGCUCCAGAGAAGCACUGGCUCCCCCAUCUCAUCCCUCGGGGGACCCACUCUAUGACUGCAUUGAGGAGCGGUUGUCGCAUCACCCCGAUCACAUCUACGAUGAACCUGAAGGAGUGGCUGCCCUCUCCCUCUAUGACAGCCCCCAGGAACCCCAGGGUGAGGCCUGGAGGACACAGGCCAUGGCCGACGAUGGUCCCUCACGGCCCUAUCAGGCUGGUCUGGGUGACUUCUUGGGGGCUGCCCUGUCUGGAUGGUCUAAGGGAGCCGAGUAUGACAAUGUGAUCCUCAAAAGGAACCUAAAGUGAUGGAAGACAGAGAACCCAGUGAGUCUGGCCCUCAGGAUGCUCAUGGGCCUUGAUCAUGGUGGCAGCAGUAACUGAGGGGUGGGAAAGGGGAAGAAUGGGUCCAGUUGGUUCUUUCUCUUCCAGUCUUGUCUUGUGGCCCCUCCUGGAUGCAGAAAGACCCUCCUCCCACCCUAGGAGAACAGAAAAUUCCUCUUUAGGCUCCGAUCAUCCAGCAUUUUCAGGAUGACUCAACAUCCUGAAGCAAGAAGGGUACCAUGGAAAGAGCCACACCCAGUUACUCUCCUCCUCCUCCUCCUCCUCUUCCUCUUUCCUCCCCUCCCCCAGGAACUGUCACCCUAAAACAGGGUUUUUCUUCCUUCCCUUAUCUCUUAGUUUGUACCCACUUCCUGCAAAUAGUGGGGGGGGGGCCUCUUGCAUUGUAGGAGUCUCAUGGUCAGCCCCUUCCUCGGUAAUGAGGAAGAUGACUACAUUUUUCUGUGAUUCUUGGACAUUUCUCUAGUAAUAAAACCUAUCUCUGAAAUGUCUGUGUGUGGCAUGAGUACUGUGGGGAAGGUAAGAGGUAUAGUUCUGUCAAGGAAAGUAUUUGCUGCUGAGAGUUCCCUCAAGGUUCUCCCUAGGAAAGGAAGCAUGAUUAAGUGCUCUUCUGACCUUGGCAUCCGAGGGCCCAGUUCCAUUCCUACCCCUGAUGUCUCUUACUGUCUGUGUGACCCUAGUUAUAUCAUUUAAACUCCUCAGUGUCCUCCAGUGUAAAAUGAGGUAGUUAGAUUAGAUAGCUUCUCAUGUGCCUUCUAGCUCUAAAUCAGUUGAUCAGUAUGAAUUCUUAAGUCUUCCGUGAAUGACUCAGUAUCCUGAGGCUCCAGAAGGCCACAGAAUUGAAACAACAGAAAAGAGUCUAAGUGUUCUGGUCACUCUGCAAACAUCAGAGUUAUUUCUAGGCAAAAUGUUGUGUAGUGCAGAACUUUUUUUUUUUUUUUUUUUAACCAUUUUUAUGUCUUGGACCCUUUGAACAGUCUAGUAAAGCCUAUGAAUCUUUUCUUAGAAUUAUUUUUUAAAUGAUUAAAGGAAAUGCUAAAUUUCAAUUAGAAGUUAGUGAAAAUAAAGAAGUAAUUUUCUUUUCUCAUCUAAGUUCAUAGACCUACUCUCCUCCCAAAAUUGAUCCAGGAUGCAUGGAUGCCUAAUUACGAAUCUAUCAACACUGGAUCAGGACUUGGGAAACUUGGGUUUUGGUUCUGCUUCUGCUGUUACCUUAUCUAUGAACUUUGAUGAGUUGCUUUCCCUUUCUGGGUCUCAGUUUUCUCAUCUGUAAAAAUUAGAAGUGUUGGAUAAUAUGAUCUCUAAGAGCUUUUCCAUCUCCAACACACUGUGAUUCUACUAGUAUGAAAAGAUUUGAUUGAAGUCAUUAGGUUUUUCUCCAAGGGUCAGUAAUCUUUUACUCCUCCUCUCUAACAGUGGACUGAAUUGACAUGAAAGCAAUUUCAGAUAUGAACUCAAUAGGUAAGGAUUGUGGCUCUCUCCAGAUUCCUGAACCAUAUCAUUAGCCAGCUAUUUAUUUUGCCCAUAAUAAGCCAAUCAUGAUUGACACUCUUCAGAUCUAGUUUAGUAUGUCACCUUUCUGCCACUUUAGUGUACAUCCUCACUACCUCUCCUUUAGAUGAUACAACAGGCUUCUAAUUGGUCUCCCUAAGUCUUCCUACUCCAGUCUGUCUUCCAUUCAGUUGCCAAAGUGAUUUCCCAAAAGUAUAGGUCAGAACAGGUGACCUUCCUCUCCAACUCGACAAACUCCAGUACCUUCCUAGGAGAAAAUAUUUCCUUCUGUCUUUAAAAGCUCUUUGCAAUAUGAUCCCUUCCUAUCUUUCCAGUUUUUGUACACAUUAUUUCUGUCUGUGCACUCUCUGGUUUAAUCAUACCAGUUUACUUGCUAUUCCUCCCAUAAAAUACCCCAUUUCCCUUCACUCUGCCUAUCUUCCAUAUCCCAAGAAUACUCUCUUUUCACCUUUGGCUCCUUCCAAAUUCACCUCAAGCAAUAGUUCCUACUGAAAGCUUUCCCAGUUUCCCCACUGACAGUUCCCUCCCAUCCAAGGUUAUUUUUUAGGUUCCCUGUAUAUAUCUAUUUAUGUAUAUGUAAUCUCUCCCAUUAGAAUCUAAGUUUCUUGAGGGCAAGGGCUGAUUUACAUUUUUCCUUUUUAUCUCCAGUGUUUGGUACAGCAUCUCUCACCUAGUAUGUGCUUAAUUAAUAUUUGUGGAUUGAUCGAUAGAGAGCAGGUGGGUUUAUGCUUUGCCAAGUGCCCUCGCCCCCUAGUAUGGGACCCUUUCGCUUUUUCCUGGGUUCUUCCUUGUGGCUUCCAGUUGAAGAUGUUAUCCUAGGGAUUUCCACUGGACAUCAGUCCAGGUGGUAGUCCCACCAAAGUCCAGAAGGGGCCAGUGUUGGAUCAUGGUAGAAAUUACUGGGGGCUCAACAGCUGCUUGGAGAUUUGGUCCAGGAAAAAGCGGCCAUCACAACUUCAUGAACAUGCAUUCAGAAGCUAGCUACUGCAGAUCCAUAAAACCAGAUCUAAACCCGGAGGACUCUGCCUCCAAGCUGCUGCCUGCCCUUUCUCAUCCCAUCACCUACCCCCUAAGACUCACACGGAAGAUCAGGACUCCUACUGUGUGUGUGUGUGUGUGUGUGUGUGUGUGUGUGUGUGUGUUUACUUAAUUUAUGAAUUUCCCCUCCCUGUUUUUUGAUUUUUCUUUCUGUUUCAAAUUGGGGGAGGCGGGAGAAGAUAUCAUGGAGUGAAAUGGGUGCAAAGAGGUGGAGGAUAGUAGACUGAGAAAAUUGGGAGAAUCAACAAAAUAAUGGGACAUCAUUAUAAAGGAAUGCUUAUAUUAUGCCUUCCUAUCCUGGUUCAGUACCUUUGUUGUAUUAUGGUGCAGUAUUCCAGUGCUAAUGCUGUGUUGUUCUCUUGUAUUGUAUCCUGGCCAAUUAGUACAAUGAAUAGAGCAAGACACCUUGGAAUCAGGGGACUCGAGUGCAAAUCCUGUCUCAAGACACUUAAUAGUGGUGUGAUUCUGGAUGAGCUGCUCACCUCUGCCUCACUUUUCAUAUCUGUGAAAUGGGAAAAUAAGUAUUUACUUCCCCAAGGGUUAUUGCUAGGGUAAAAUAAGAAAACAGUUAUAAAGCAAUUUUUACAAUGCUAUAUGAAGGUUAUUAUAUCCCAGUGUCCUGUCUUGGGAAUGUUUCAUUUGAAGUCCUGCUGCCAUAUUCUUCCCCUGUUUUCUGGUGUUUUAUCCUGGUGUUGUUUCCUCAUGUUGUGUCUCAGACCUGUGUUUUGGUGCUUUGCCCUGGCUUUGUGUCCUGGCUCUGGAUACUGUUGCUGUGUUCCAGUGUUGCCUCCUGGCAAUGUGCCCCAUCACUGUAACCUGGCACUUUGUCCUGGGGCUGAGUCCCAGGGCUGUAAUACUGGAUCUUAGUGUAGAGUCUUGGAGCUGUGUCCUGCUGUUACCAAAUUUAGAACCAGAAAGGGGCUUUGAGGUCAUCUCCUCCAACAGCAUUUUAUAGUUGAGAGAACUGAGGUCCAAAGAUGAACUAUUUUUCUUUCAGUCAUACAGGUGGUAAGUGGCAGAAUAGGUGCCUUGGUGGAGAGAGUACAGGGCCUGGAAUUAGGAAGUCCUGAGUUUAAAUGUGAUCUCAGCUGUGUGUCACUGGAUAAGUGACAUAACCCUGUCUGCCUCAGUUUCCCCAACUGUAAAAUGAACUGGAGAAGGAAAUGGCCAACCACUCUAGUAUCUCUGCCAAGAAAAUCCCAGAUGGGGUCAUGGAGAGUUGGAUAUGACUGAACAACAGGUCUAACUCCAAAGCCAGAUCUCUUCUUUAUAUCAUGUAGCCUUUCAUGUACUGGAGUUUAAUCUCAGCAGUAUAUUCUGAGAUUAAGCCUUGAUGCUAUAUUCUUGUGGCUUUGUGGCUUUAGCUCCUGGAGUAGUCCUCUUGACACUUAUGGGGUCCCUGAACACACACACACACACACAAUAUGUG